CAGGUCUGUGGCUAGGACCAAUGGGGACUUGCCUGAAACUCACGACGAGUUUCUACACAGACUCAGUACAUUCUAUAAAAGCCCCCGUCUGUGCAGAUCUACGUAGUUUGCUCUCUGUGUGUUUGCUCCAUCGUAUUCCGUGGUGCUCGACGAACCACAAAGCUCUCCAGAACGUCUGCGCUGUCAUGCAAGAAAGUGAUAGCGGCGAGCAGACUUGUUUUGUCUGGGCUACAUAUCCCAUGGCCCUGCCAAGCGGCUGCGUUCCCGCUUGCACAUACAGAGAGCGAUGUGGCCUGGAGUGGAGGGUAGCCGAUAUGCUCCUGGAGAGUGCCCCUGCAAUACGGAUUAAUUAUUGGUAGACUGCUAUUACACGGAGUCAAUCUGCUGUGUCCUCGACCUCGAAGAUGGAGUCUUUCCGCGGCCGAAAAAGUCUCAGUCUCGGUGGUCUUGGCCAGCCUAUGGCGAACGCUACUCGUCGGACGGUGGUGCUGAUAGUCGUGUCGAUAUUCGGCUCUCUCGUGUUUCCUGGCCAUGGAACAGCGGUGCUGGCUCAGCCUUGCACCGGGGGCAAUACCAUAGUUCAGACGGUGACGUCCUGCCCUCCACCGUCAGAGUAUAGUACCUACACUGUCAUCACACCAACCCCGGUGGUGACAUCGCCCCCCGUGACACAGCCACCGCCAACGACUGUGCCACCUCUACCACCGCCUAUACUGAUACCCGGUCUUAACUGGCAUGUGUUCAGCGGCGCGCUGCUCGGAUGGUCGUCUUCUCUACGUGGUGUCAGAGCAUCGAUCUACCCGUGGAUACUGGGAAAUUGGACACAAGGCUACACCAGGCGAUUGCAACGCGCUUUCUUCAUGAACUCUUCAGCAACAUGUUUUGGCAGCACACUCCGCUGUGCCUAUCAGCGACAAGUACUACAGACUAGUCUGAGUGGGUCAGUAUAUGUAUUACUCCAAGUGGGUCAGUACAUGUAAUGUUAUGCUAGUCUACAGUAGAGGGGACGGUUUCAAAUAGGACACAGGUUGCAAACCGGAACAGACUCAAUAUUCACUUUCUCUCUUGGUAUUUUGAUUAGAAAACAUAUGUCACAGUAAGACUACGAUGUGUUAUACUCCGAGCCAAAAUUUCAUGGCUCUGCGAUGACCAGAAGCGCCAUAUCAAGCAGGUGAGUUUUUGACGUGUUGCUUCGCACUGCGACUUGAGUUUUGCGACUUUCGAAAAAUCAACUUCUUGUCGCAGGUAAACAGCCUCUCACCAAUAAAGCACCGCAUACCAAUCAAAACUAAUGGAAGCACACACAAGGCUUAUUGUUACUCUGUACUGGCCGUCGUGGAGCGAUAGCAAUUACCUAAUUUCAGAGCCAGAGUGAAUUUGACGUGCACUCUAAAACGUGUCCGGUUUGGAGCCACCUCUGAUUUGAACUUGUUUGAAGCGAAAAAUUGGGCAACUUGGAGGCAAUGGGUCAACACAAAGGAGUGGCUCAGUUCGAUUGACUCUGGCCCCAGAGCAAACUUCAACAUGCCAGUUUCCUUCCACAAACAUAUUUCGAGUGAAAAAUCAACGCUGAUGAUCGGGUUGGGUCUAUACAAAUUUGGCUGUCAAAGCGUCCCGGUAUCGAGCCGUCCCCUCUACAUGUAACGUUAUGCUAGUCUACAGUACAUGUAAAGCAGGGUUCUAGCCAGGUCAAAAUAGUAGGGGGGUGGGCAUGGGAAACAGUUACCCUAUUCCCAUUUUUCCACUUUCCAAUAUUGUCUUGCCAUGCCAAAUGCAACGUAUGGGGCGAAUCCCCGACUUCACCCCAGACAAAUGUGCCUUUAUGAACCAUCUAUGCAUGAAAAACACGAAAAUCGGAA